AUGGCCGGCUCCCAGCUCAAACGCCUCAAGGCGUCCCUCAAAGAGCAAGGAAUCGUCGGCCCUCAGCAGUCGAAGAAGCAAAGGCAACGCAAUGCUCAGGAUGAGCGCACUCGCAACACCAAGCGACUCCAGAGGGGAGUGGUGUUGGAGGGCAUUCGAGAGCAGUUCAAUCCUUUUGAUCUGAAGCAUGCUAAGGGCCCCAAGUUCGAAGUUACAAGUAAUCGACCUACACAGACUGCUGGCAGCAUCAAGGGUCGUCCUGGUCAGGCUAAAGCAGCCAGCGAGGAGAGGCGCCGACAAACCCUCCUAGUUGAGAUGCAGCGCCGCAACAAAGUCGGUGGUAUCCUCGAUCGUCGAUUUGGUGAGAAUGAUCCCACCAUGGCCCCCGAAGACAAGAUGCUCGAACGAUUCGCACGAGAGAAGCAACGAAGUCACAAGAAGAACUCCAUGUUCGACCUGGAAGACGACGAGCCUUCAAUGAGCUUGACCCAUAUGGGCAAGUCCCUUUCUUUCGACAAAAAGGACGAUUUCGACGAGGAUGAUCUGGAGGAGGACUACGAUAGCGACGGUUCGGAGCGUGAGCAACAGAGAUUGAAGCGCGUUCGUGCUUUGGUGGCGCAGGGUGACGGCGAGGAUAGCGAAAACGAUGAGCCGCAGCGAAAGAAGACGAAGAAGGAGGUCAUGGAAGAGGUUAUCGCCAAGUCCAAGCACUACAAGUAUGAGCGACAAGCUGCGAAGGAGGAAGACGAAGAACUCCGGGAACAGCUCGACAAGGAGUUUCAAAACAUCCAAUACAUCCUGCACCACAGCCAACCUGCUGGCAAACCUCAGACCGCUGGUACUGCAGUAUCAACUAUCGCUGGUGUUGACCGAGACGCUUUCGAGAAGAACUUCGAUCUUCAAGUAAAGAAGUUGGCCCAGGAUAAGCGGGCUCAGCCUGCGGACCGUACCAAGACUGAGGAUGAAAAGGCCGCGGAGGAGUCUACAAGGCUCAAGGAGCUCGAGGACAAACGCCAGAAGCGCAUGAGGGGAGAAUCAGUCAGCGACAGCGAGGAUGACGAGGUCGAUAACAAGGGCAAGAAGACCGAGCAAGAUGAGAUGGAACUGGACGAAGAGGAUGAGUAUGGCCUUGGUGACGGUAUUCGAGCUCGUCCUACUGCUACAGAACUCGGGUUCGAAGACGAAGACGAUUUCGUUAUCGAUGAUGACCUUGUGGCUAGCGGAUCGGACUUGGAGCUACUUGACAGUGACGAGGAAUCAGAUAUCGAGGGUGGAUCUGAUGACGAAGCUUCCGAAGAGGAGGACGACUUUACCAAAGGUCUCCUCAAUGAGGAGGAGAGCCGAAAUCCUGUCUUCGACGCCGACUCAGCAACGAAAGCUUCAGCAAUCCAGAAGGGUGACGAGAAGGGCCUUCCUUAUACCUUUGAGUGCCCUCAAAGUUGCGAGGAACUACAGGCCACAUUGGCGCCAUACCCGGCAAAGUCCUUCCCUACUAUUGUCCAACGAAUCCGUGCCCUCUACCACCCCAAGCUCAGCAGCAAGAACAAGGAGAAGCUUGGCAACUUUUCUGCUGCUCUGGUGGACUACAUCUGUUUACCAUGGGACCCUGCAACCUCUGCUCCCUUCACUGUGUUGGAAAACAUUGUCCGACACAUCCACUCUCUUGCAAAGAUGUUUCCUAUUGAGAUCAGCAAGCAGUUCCGUCAGAACCUUGAGGAGAUGACCGCAUCUCGCUCUUUGGCGUUAGGGACUGGAGACCUGGUUCUCCUUACUGCCAUUGGUACCAUCUUCCCUACCUCCGAUCACUUCCACCAAGUUGUUACCCCCGCUGUCUUGACAAUUACCCGAUACCUUGGCCAAAGAGUACCGCAAAAUCUUGCCCAUUACGCUAUUGGCACAUAUCUUACAAUCCUUGCCAUCAGCUACCAGAAGCUUGCUAAGCGCUACGUUCCCGAGAUCAUCAACUUUUCUCUCAACACCCUCUCUGCCUUGGCGCCAGUUGCUUCUUCCAAGAAGCUCGGAAACUAUCCUGAUCAUUAUGUUGCCGCUGGUAUUCGUACAGAAGCCGCAGGCAAGACAAAGUUGCGGAAACUAAACUUCUCCGACUGCAUUGACGAACAGCCUGAGAAGGGUGACGCAGCAUCUCGAAAGGUUGCUAUUCUCGACACUGCAGCUCAAGUGUUGGAAGCUACAGCGGAUAUGUGGACUGGCAAGAGUGCAUUCCUCGAGACAUUCGGCCAAGCUGCGAGAGUGCUCAAGCACCUCGGUAGCAAGGCUUGUCGAUCUCGAUUGCCUCCCGCCUUUAACGAGAGGAUCGAGAAGCUGCAGACCAAGUUCGACCGCAUGCUCAAUAUUGCACAACUAUCGCGCCGCAACGUGCAACUCCACCAUCACCUCCCCCUAGCGAUCAAGACGUACGUGCCCAAGUUCGAGGAUACCUUCGACCCGACCAAGCACUACGACCCCGACCGCGAGCGCGCAGAGCUGGCCAAGCUCAAGAAGGAGCACAAGCAGGAGCGCAAGGGUGCCAUGCGGGAGCUCCGCAAGGAUGCCAACUUCAUGGCGCGGGAGAAGCUGCGGGUCAAGAAGGCCAAGGACGAGGCGUACGAGAAGAAGUACAAGCGUCUUGUUGCGGAGAUCCAGAGCGAGGAGGGUCGCGAAUCGAAUAUUUACGAGAGGGAGAAGUCUGCGAGAAAGAGAGCCAACAACAACAGGUAA